UAUNCCCUCCCCCACUCCCACUACCACCACUACUACGCCCGCAGAACCCGCCUCCCUUUUCUCUUGUCCAAGAACAAGAAGAAGAAGCCCUCGCCCAAUGCAUCCUCCCACCUCGUUCUCAAGCGCAGCAAGUCCACCGCCACGCCCCGAACAAACCACUCCUUCCUCGACGCUCAACACGACCAGGAUUUCAGUCCCAGGAAGAGACACGGCUUCUGGUCCUUUCUCUACCUCUCUUCCAAAUCAUCCAAGAAACUCAACUCCAAGAGCUUCAGGGACACCAACACCAACGUCAACGUCAACCACCCGCCCAGGAUCUCUGCCAUUAACUCCGCACCGGGAACUACUUCUCUCAAGCCCAAGGAAAACACUUCCUCUGCUUCUUCUCUCAGGACUGACAUUGUUGUUCAACAGGACACCAAUAACAGCAGUAACAGUCCCACUGCUCAUGCCACUUCUUCUAUGGAGCGUAAGGUUUCGAGAUCCAGAUCUGUUGGCUGUGGCAGCAGAAGCUUCUCUGGGGACUUCUUCGAGAGGAUUUCUACCGGGUUCGGAGAUUGCACUCUCCGGAGGGUGGAGUCUCAGCGCGAAGGCAAGCCUAAGGUGGCCGGUGGUGACGCUUCCGCCGUGAGCCGUGGCGGCGAUCACCACCACCACCAUUGCAUGAAGGAGAGAGUGCGGUGCGGAGGAUUGUUUAGUGGGUUCAUGAUGACAUCAUCUUCUUCCUCGUCUUCUUCCUCUUCUUAUUGGGUGUCUUCUUCUGCUGACGACGCCGCAAAUGGGAAAUCAGCGACUGUGGCCCUAUCUCAUAACAGGGGUAGGAGUUGGGGUUGGGCUUUUGCGAGUCCCAUGAGAGCUUUCGGCGGCAAACCCUCUUCUAAAGAGAGUAAUAGAAGAGAUAUCAUUAGAGAUGCCAAUGACAAUAAGAAUGCUACGCCAAACUUAUCGGCCAUACCCUCCUUGCUCGCCGUCAGAAGCUGAGAACAGAAGGGGCAAAGAAGAAAAGGAAAAAAAGAAAAGAGUAUAAAUCUGGGAGCUUUAACUUGGUUUAUUAUACACAUUAGUACGAUGUUAAUGUUAAUUACUGUCUAUUAUUACUAUUACUACUUUGUUUAUCUUGUGGAUGAGUGUUAAUUUUCCUUCAUUACCAGUAAUCUAAUACUAUUCAAGUUCCUUUUCUU